UGCUGUACACAACAGUGAGCUCUCAUCUUCCAACAAAAUCCGCUCAAGCAAAGAAUAGCUACGUAAUUGUUUCAUCUUUAUCCGUUCCUGAUUUUCAUGCUGGUAGUUUCGUGAUUGGUAGUUUCACCAAAUCCCUCAUAAGAAUUUCUAUCGAUGCCGUGCAAGUUAAACCUAUCUGGGUUGUAAGCAUUUUCUCUUUUAAGGAAUUGGUCAUUUGGGUUUCUGGGGUAAGUGAUCAGUUUUUGUCGAAUGGAUGAAUUAGUUGGACCUCGCUUGUACAGCUGCUAUAAAUGUCGAAACAAUGUCUCUCUUCAUGAUGAUAUAAUCUCUAAGGCAUUUCAGGGAAGGCAUGGCAGAGCUUUUCUGUUUACUCAUGUGAUGAAUAUUGUCGUUGGGGCUAAAGAAGACAGAACUCUCAUGACUGGUCUUCAUACUGUUGCUGAUGUACUCUGUGGGGAUUGCAAUGAGGUUUUGGGCUGGAAGUAUGAACGAGCUUAUGAGCCAACUCAGAAGUACAAGGAAGGGAAAUUCAUACUCGAGAAAUCUAAAAUCGUUAAAGAGAAUUGGUAGUCCACCACCAAUUUCAUUAUUGAUUCUUUAUCUUAAUACUCAAUGUAAGUAAUGUUUAUCCUAUCUAUAAUAUCACUCAUUGUACAGAACAUGCUGAACUGAAAAAUUACAUAUGCUCAAUUGAAGUUUUGUACUUUCUGUU